GACGACCCUUAUCAGGCAGGAAAGACAGACAGGGAGGAAGGAGUUGUAGUAAACAAGGCAGAUAACUAAAACAUACUUAAAAUAAUAGUGCUAACACGUUGCGCAAAACAUAUUAUUUAGUGAAUAUUCAUUAUAGGCACGUUAUUCGACCGUUAAUAAUACGUUCUGUACCCUGUGUUGUCACUGCAAGCUAGAUAGCUAGCGCUAGCUAGACAACUUGUAGCUAACGUUAGCUAGCUAGGAGGCUAGCAAACUCCAGUUCCAGUAGCAGUGCCAUCACAACGCUCCCAGGAUGAUCGCAUUGAUCAACAAGCUCCUUGACUGGAUCAAAGCACUGUUUUGGAAGGAGGAGAUGGAGUUGACAUUGGUGGGACUCCAGUAUUCGGGCAAGACAACCUUCGUAAACGUGAUCGCGUCGGGCCAGUUCAGUGAAGACAUGAUUCCCACAGUGGGCUUCAACAUGAGGAAGAUCACCAAGGGAAACGUCACCAUCAAGCUGUGGGAUAUCGGCGGUCAGCCUCGAUUCAGGAGCAUGUGGGAGCGAUACUGUCGUGGAGUCAGUGCCAUUGUGUACAUGGUUGAUGCAGCUGACCCAGAAAAGACAGAGGCCUCUAAGAAUGAACUACACAACUUGUUGGACAAGCCCCAGCUCCAAGGUAUUCCUGUUCUUGUCUUGGGGAAUAAGAGGGAUCUUCCUGGGGCGCUGGACGAGAAGGAGCUGAUUGAGAGAAUGAACCUCUCGGCCAUACAAGACAGAGAGAUCUGCUGUUACUCCAUCUCCUGCAAGGAAAAGGACAACAUUGAUAUCACACUACAGUGGCUGAUCCAGCACUCCAGAAUCAAGCGGAGCACUUCAUGAGAACCUCCUCUCACGACACAGACCGCCCCACAGGCCUGCACCUGUCCCAUUUCACCUGGCCGUCUGUCCUCCCCAGCUUUUCCAUACUCCCCCUUUUCUUUGGAUGGCCCUCUCCCGCCAAGACCCCCCGCCUGAUUCCACUCUCCUGAAGGGUGCCUGGAAACGUUUUACUUGCAGUGUUCAUUUUCUUUUUGUAAUAUAACACUUCUUGUGACCUCUGAUGGAUAAAGUGGUACUUAGCUGCCCUGAUGUUCAUAUGUCAUACUUCAUCAUCUCUGUUGAUAUUGAGGUUUAUAUUCAACUGAUCCAGAGACAGGGCAGAGUACUGUACAUUACAUAACCUCUGUUCCCAAUAGGUAGAAAAGACUGGAGUCUGAACACUGCAUCACUUAGCAGCUUCAAAAUCAACUUUACCACACUAUCACAUUUCAAACCGUAUUCAUGUCUUAGACCAGUGGUUCCCAACCUUUUUUCGCUUACUGUACCACCAACUGAAUUUUGCUCUGCCCAGAGUACCCUUGA